AUGAAACAAUCAUUUCAUUCUGCGGAGCCUUCUUCAUCAGUUACCACCAUGAUGAUGAUGAUGAAGGAAUCAUCAUCCACACCAUGUUCACCCACCAUGGAUGAUACUCAUAAUAUUGGAACAAUUUCGGCAACAUCAUCUUCUCAACAACACAUCCCGAUGAUGAAUCAUAACAGCAGUAAUUACGAACACUUAUCUAUUGCAGAAAUAGACCGAAUGAUUGAACAUUUCAACAAACAAAUUUCGUACCUUGAAAAAAAGAAGGAACGAAUGAUCGUCAAAUCUACAAUACUUCUUAACGCUCAACAUAAUCGACAUUUGCAAGAUUCCAUUUGGGAUCAAAUGACUUACUUGUGUCGUUGUGGAGUGAAAGCUGUUUUCUCGGACCAACAGUUUUUCAAGUUACUUUUAGUGGAGUUUGUUGAGAUUGUUUUAACGUUGACUGUGGUUUUAUUUGGUGUCGUGUGUUUUUGGAGAGGCAUUUGGGGAUUGUCUGAACACUAUAUUAGUGUUGAACAUAUUAAGGACAAAAACAAGCAAUUACUCUAUGGAGGAUGGUAUUCUCUUUUAAUUGGAGCUGGAAUAUCGUUUAUUACUCAAGUAGGAUCUGUUUUAAUGAAUAGAUUUGGAAUUUUAAAUUUGUUAAUCUCGAGCUAUGAACAUGAUUCUAAAUUGGAAAUGGCUGAAAAGACCUUUGAGAAUGUGUCACAUGAUAUUGAGCAAAUGGUUGACGUUUCGUCACCUUCUGAAAAAGAAUCGGUAUUUCCAAUGAGCAUGAAGAGAAGAACCACCAGUCACAAAGAAGAACAACAAUUUUUCAAAGAUCAAUCGAAUAUUGAUUACUCUAAACAACCAAGUAGCGUGAAUAAUCGGAGUUCAAAUAACAUGUGGAUUGCAUUAUCGAUGAAAUUUUACACAUACAUCGUGGCAAUAUCGAUUAUUUUGUGCUGGAAAGGUUCAUGGAUGAUUAUGGAUGCCUAUUUUGAAAGGUGGUGGGGAGAAGACAAUAUGUUUUUAGUGAAUUGGAUCUCUCAUAUCCUUGCUGCUCUGUUUCUAAUUUGGAUGGGGACAUUUAGAAGUGUAUUGUCACCUGCUUCUAUGGACAAGGAUAAACACUUUGAAUCGAUCAUUGUUUCCAAAUGGGCUGGUUUGUCACGAGCUCUAACGAAGGAUUGGGUUCAAAGUUGGAACAUUAAGAAAAAUUUAUUAGGAAUGGCUUGA